CGGUUCGUCGUCAGCUCCGUCAUCCGCGAACGACAGGGCUAAGAAUCGUUGACGUAGAAAAAAAAAAAAAAGAAACGAUUAAACGCGAGGGCGAACCAAGAAUCCAAUCGAGACGCAGUAUCCAAUCUAGGAUACCUACGAAUCUCUCGAGUAUCCUGUUUGAAACGUCGCUCUAGUUACCGGAUAUAGUGACAUAUCGUUGGUGGUAGUGGUGGUGGUGGUGGUGCACGAGUGCGCGUAGGGUGGAGGUACUGUGUUAGGGCAGUUCGGUAGCUUCUGAAAGCUGAACGCGGUGAAAAGUCGAGUAAAGAUAAGGAGGAAACGUGGAAAGGUAUCGUGGGACGGGGGUGGAAGAAUGAAUAGAAUAAUCCAACGAGUGUUGUAAACGAUCGAGCAAGAGUGAUAACACGAGGGAGAAAAGGUGUUCGUUCGCGAGGGUGUACCGGUAGGGUGGUGAACUGCAGUCGUUCGUUGGAUCCGAACGACGGAUCGUCGAUCCACUCUCUCCGGAGAGUGGGAAAAUUUCGCUCGAGUUUCGUCGGGUAGCAAUGGCGUCGAGCGUGACUCCGUCGAGGGGUAGCUCGAUCAAGGAAAGUUGCACCGGUGCUCGAACGACCGGGAGCAGGUUCACGUGAGCCCACCCCAUGCUACUAGACCCGUCCACCGUGCCACCUCGUGAUCGAACCGACCCCGAACUGCUGCGUCGAGUAUCCUCUCGAACACGGUUAUCCUUGUUCCUUCUGGUCCGGUGAACCGCGGAAUCAACGGACGUACACGAUGAAAAGGGUUCGCAAGAGGCAGCCGCAGAAGAUCAAGGACCGGUCGCGCGAGUGACAGUGUGCCAGUGCGUGUACCGAACCGUCAUCCGGCUGAUUCCUCGACUCUCUAAGUUCGUCUACGGCCAGUCUAUCAUCCCCUCUCCUCAUCCGUCCUCGUCAUCCUGGUCGUCGAAGGGAACGAGGAAUCUCCCUUCGACGACACGGUCUGCUCGACGAUCGCCAUGCCGUGGAAAUACGCGUUACCGGUGUGACCCACGACAGACUGGACGAAAACGAACCGGGCUCCACGAAUCCCGACAAGACGAAGAGGAGGAAGAAGAGGAAGAGGAAGAAGAAGAGGAAGAAGAAGAAGAAGAAGGAAGUAGCCUGGUGGUGUUGGGUGGUGGGUGGAGGAAGGAGGUGAAGGUGGUUGGGCUGUUUUUGUAGGAUAAUCUAGACAAGCUGGCGGACCAGAAGGAAGGUGGAUCGACGAUGCAGGGCAAGGAGAGCCCCGUCGGGUCCAACACCCAGGAGACCCAUCAGUAUGUUGGCCCUUAUCGACUGGAGAAAACUUUGGGCAAGGGCCAGACCGGAUUGGUCAAGCUCGGGGUGCACUGUGUGUUGGGCAAGAAAGUGGCGAUCAAGAUCAUCAAUCGGGAGAAAUUGUCGGAGUCCGUGUUGAUGAAGGUGGAACGAGAGAUAGCGAUCAUGAAGCUGAUCGAUCAUCCUCACGUGCUCGGCUUGUCGGAUGUAUACGAGAACAAGAAAUACCUAUAUCUCGUUCUGGAACACGUUUCCGGCGGGGAGCUUUUCGACUAUUUAGUGAAAAAGGGUAGACUAACGCCGAAGGAAGCGAGGAGAUUUUUUCGACAGAUCAUUUCUGCGUUAGACUUUUGUCAUAGUCAUAGUAUAUGUCACAGAGACUUGAAGCCUGAAAAUCUGUUGCUGGACGAGAAGAACAACAUCAAGAUCGCGGAUUUCGGGAUGGCGUCUUUGCAACCUGCCGGAUCGAUGCUGGAAACUAGUUGCGGUUCCCCUCAUUACGCCUGCCCCGAAGUUAUACGAGGUGAAAAGUACGACGGUAGGAAGGCGGACGUUUGGUCGUGCGGGGUGAUACUUUACGCGCUUCUGGUAGGCGCGUUGCCCUUCGACGACGACAAUUUAAGGAACCUGUUGGAGAAAGUGAAGCGUGGUAUGUUUUACAUACCUCACUUCGUGCCGCCCGAGUGCCAGAACCUUCUGAAGGGUAUGAUCGAGGUGGAUCCGGACAAGAGGCUGACGCUGGCGGAAAUAAACAGGCACGUGUGGGUGACGGCGGCUGGCAAGGGCGAAUUGGAACUGGAACUGUCGAUGAUGGACGUGGUGCAAACCCACGUUAUUCCGUCCGUGGAUGCGAUCGAUCCAGACGUGUUACAGGCGAUCGCGAGCCUGGGUUGUUUCAAGGAACGGGAGAAACUUAUUCAAGAACUCCUCAGCCCGAACCACAACACGGAGAAGGUGAUUUAUUUCCUGUUGCUCGAGAGGAAACGAAGAAGACCGGCGUGCGAGGACGAAUUAGAGGUAAUGAGAGGAGGGAUGCGAGGAUCCUCGGGACAAUUGGAAGCGGAUCCACCGAGGAAACGAGUGGACACGUGUCGAGUGAACGGAAGCACGGCCCUGAAUCUCGGGGAAAUCAGCCACGGAUCUCCUUUAACCCCAAGGAGGCAGUCCAGUGCCAGGCAUCAUGCUCGUCGUUCGCCGAGCACCGGAGGCUGCCACACGCACGCGUCGCAUUCGCACGCUUCGACGCCAGGCAGCUCGCCGUUACACGGUUCGAACGCGGUCGCGGGUCUCCUCAGUCCCCACAGGGCACCACCGUCGUUGCACUUAGGACAGACCGGAAGUCCUCACCGGCUGUCCACGGUGACGACCACCGCGGGCAACGGAAACACGGCCAAUUCGCCCGCCGCCACUCCGGUCCCGGCUCUGCCCAGCAGCGUCGGGAUAGAGAUAAACGACGUUCAACAGGUCGCGGUCGGCGUUACACCGCCAGGCUCGCCCCAUACUGGAGCCGGUUCCGGCGCCCAUCACUGGAGGUCCAGGCUAACAACCAUCAAGAACUCCUUCCUUGGAAGUCCCCGAUUUCAUCGGCGCAAAUUGCUCACGAGUACCGAGGAGGUAAGUGGAUCGAAACUUUCCUUCCAAUUACAUAUUUCUCAAAUUCAACCGUUCUGUAAUCUACAGGUACACCUCACUCCGGAUUCCUCUCCGGAGCUAACGAAGAAAUCGUGGUUCGGUAGUUUGAUGACCACGGAAAAGGACGAAACGUUCACGGUUCUCGUUAAAGGGAAAGCAUUGGCCAGCGUGAAAGCAGAUUUGAUUCACGCUUUUUUAUCGAUAGCAGAAUUAUCCCACAGCGUGAGCUCCCCCAUGUCCUUCAGAGUGGAAUACAAACGAGGAAGCACGGCACCCGCGAUGUUUCAAAGACAAGUCAGAUUCCAAGUGGACAUCAGUGCGAUUUCGAAGCAACCGAACGAACCACUGUUCGCCAUUACUUUCACUCUGCUGAGCGGAAACAUUCGACGAUUCCGAAGGGUCUGCGAGCACAUACAGUCACAGGUGUGCUCGAGAAACGUGGGAAUGAAUUUGGGAGGUCAGAGCAGGGCGGCACCACCCAGUCCAAGGGCGUCGCGAAAAUUCGCCGCCACGGAGAUGAGCGAAAGUUCGAGCUGCGGUAGCGACACUAGCGAACGACUGUUCCUUAGUCCGCAUCCAGCUACCAGACAGGUAGUCUGUUUCAACAAGAUCGAUUCGGACCUCGAAUCGGACACGUCCGUAUUCGACGUGAAAUCGCCGAGCAGGGAAAACGGUCGUCGAAGUUCCACGUCGACGAACAACAACAAUCCGCUGCCGGGCGACGCGACGCCGACGCCCGGAAGUCCGACGAAGGCGGUCCGCAGCAACUCGGAGAGCCAGAACACACCGGAGAAGAAAUGCGUGACCACGAUGAGCGGCAACAAUAUAGCGUGAUACUACCAGAACUUCCGUUUCGAGUUUCGAUCGAGCCUGAAGAAUUUAUGGGACAGCGCCCAGAGAUUCUGGUGAGUCUCGUGCGAGCAGUUUCCGAUCCGAGAAACGAUCCAACGAUACCGCGCGCCGAUCACGAGAUAAGACGAUGCUUCUACGGAGGAGAGAGAGAGAGAUAAAGGGACGACUUCGACGAGAAUCAAAUGGAGAGUGAAAGACUAAGGCGAAAAGCGACGAUGCUAGAAGUUUCGAAAGGCACGAUUUGUUGAGAAAAUAACGAGACCGAAACGAUUAGAAUUUCAGUUGAUUGCGAAAAUAAUUAAUCGGCGAUUGGUGCUAUGAAGAUAAAAAGAGAGAGAAAAAUAAUCAUUGAAAAUAGAAAGCUUAAGCGUAAGGAACUUUGCAAUAAUAUAUCAGUCUUGCUAUUUUCGAAACGGACCACGUGAAAAAUCAAAGGAUUAUGGAAAACGGAAGAGCUGUUUCAGUCUAUAUGGAAGAAAUUGAUUAGUCUUUGAAGAAGCCAAGAAUUUGAGAAAGAGAAUAAGCUGCAUAUAAAAUCAAACACACCAUGAGAAGUUCGAAAUUUGACUUCCAAUUCAUUUUUAACAGGAACGGUGGGGAAAAUUUGUGCCGCAACGCGGAAUUUUUCGUGAUUCGACUUUCGUUCCGCCGCUAGAAUCGUUGCUUUUUUUUUUUUUUUGUUUCAAGUGAAGUGCAAUAUAUCUAAUAGUGACGUUUUACCGAUAUACGCAUCGGAUCGUGUCGUUGUAAGAGUGCUUUAUUUGGUACGUAUGUACAUUCUGUUGUGUAUCGUCAAUUUUAGCGAUGAACCGCGAAAGAAAAGCCGGAAAGAUUAAUUCGAAAAAGAAAAUUUAGUUAAAACAAUCUUUAAUUAAUCCUCCUGGCUUUUCGAAAUUCAACGCUUGUUUUCACUGAGGCAUUUAUCGUGAAUGUUAAUUAAUUGCAUCCCACGAUACACCGAGCAAUUCGUUGUUGCAUAGACGUUUAACCGUUCCAAUUACUCGAUUCAUUGAUUAAUAUUAAUAUCGGUCAUACAUUAUUAAACCAUCGAUCAAACCGUGACUCUGCUUCGUUCGUUUCACGUGUCUCCUCGAUUUUCUCGUUCGUAUCGAUUAAUUUAUUCGCAAACAUUCCAUUACACCAGUCGAUACAUCACAGCUCAUUAACGUAUCGGUCGAUUUUCAGCUGUCGAACAAUUUUCCCAUGAAAUAGCAUUAAUUCUUAGCGUUCAACUCGAUAUCGAAUGCCCAGCUGUUUUAUUUUUCCGAUACUCAACUCAGGAACGAGAAAAAUUCCAUGAAACGAGGAAAAUCGAGGAUCGCCGAGAGUUUCUCGACGCGUAACUGAAAGAAAACGAAGAUACGCAUUAACGAGGUAAAUGAAAAGAAAAAAUGGUAAAGAAAAAUGAAACGCAACGAUCGCGUUGAGAGAUUUAUUUUUUGCACGCACGAGAAAAACAUUUCAAAAGACUAAUAUAUAUAUAUAAAUAUAAAUACGAAUAUAGAUAUAUAAAUAAAUGAAUAAAUAAAUGAAUAUAUUAUAUAUAUAUAUAUAUAUAUAUAUACGUACAUGAGUAAGUAGGUUUCACUUGUAAGAGGUACGCGUUACAACGCGUAAGGCUUCUUGUUUGCUACCCGCGCGGAAACUAAACGGAGAAAGAGAAAAGAAAAGCGGAGAAAGGGAGAAUCUAGCGUUUCUAAUCGUAGAAUAUAAUUAUCGUACAGGUUUUUUCUCAACACACAGACAUAUCUCGAUAAAAAUUGUCCCAGCUUCUUAGUGGAACGACGAUGUUAAACGCGAUUGAUUAGCAGUGUUUUUAAUCGAAGGCUCGAAACCGAAUCCUGCCGAUCGUGAGAAUCCGAAGGUAUCGAAAUCGAAGGAACGGUUCUGCUCGAUCUUGUUCGAUAACGAGUUGAACUGGUAGAAUGUUAUUGCUCUCGUCUUUCCUCGUGCUCGUAGAAAUCGUCUAGCGUAUCUAUUUUAUUGGGUCGCUGCAUAUCGGAUGGUCUCGAGACGAUUUCAUGACAUAAAAGUGUCGCGACAUCAAUUUUCAAGCUUAAAGUAUUGUGAAAAUCGCCGCGAUAAAGGUUUCGUUGAUAUUUUCGAUACAAAAUGGUUGAUUGGUGAAUUGCAAGAAACCAGGGAGCUAAUUAUUAUUUAGGCAAUGAACGCACAGUAAGAUACGAAAGUUCGGUAAACGAAUCCACCAUUUCAUCUGCGACGACCUAAUAGUUUACGGAAGGAUAUUCCCAUGAAAAAUUAUUUCACACGCGUAUUUCUUCGCGAAAUAAAGUACCUCUUGAGCUUAAAGCGUGAAUAUGUUUUGUACACUUAAACUGCUCAUAUUGCGAAUCGUUAAAAUGAACUUAUUUUACACGUGUCACUUUCACGCGAAGAAAUAUGCUAGUAAUUGUACGUACACGAUUGAAACAGCAUCGGACAACGAAUGAACGUCGUUUUCAAUUCCCGAUAGCCCAGAAAUCGAUCGGUGAUAAACGAAUGUUCUAAAAACGGCGAAUCGAAGAAUCCUCCCAAAAGAAGGACGAAAAUUUAGCGAAACCUUUCGUAAGUAGAUAGACGAGUAGUGGAAAUGUUGGCUCGAAUCAAAAAAAAAUUCCAAACGUCGGAGUGUCUCGUUUUUAAAUAUCGCAUACAUACACUGUACGUUGUAAUCGCGCACAGCGACUCGUUCCUAAAUAUCCGCGACUACGCGCGAGGAUCAUUGGAUCAGGGAUUCAUUUCAAUAAUUUCAAUAAUCAUUUUCGAAAAAGGCCGGACACGUUAGUCCUCGCUCGAUAGACGAUUACUCCCCUGUUUGUACCAGAAACAUUCCAUUAAGAAGCUUGCAGGUAGAAAAUGUAAAAAAAAAAAAAAUAAUAAGAAAAAGAAGGUGACGCGAUCGUACGACGAACGACACCUUCCACGCGCAUAAUUGCUAGAUAGGUAGGUAGGAGUAAAAUGAUAACAAUAAUAAAAGAAAAAAAAAACAAGAAAGAUAACAGGGAGGAAGAAUGAAUGAGCGUGAAACGGACCCAUUUGUUACGUUUCGCGAUAAUGAAUCGGGCUUUGCAAUACGCGUGAUCGUAAGAUCCUAAACUAAUAGAAAAAAAAAACACACACACCCACACACAAAGAGAAUGAGAGAUAUUAGCGUGAUUGUUUGACGAACGGAGAUGGAACGCGUGCGUGUACGUGUGCAUUCGAGUUGUCGUUGAAUCGUUUAAUAUCGUAUGCGACACGCAUCAAACGUUCGUUUAUAUUAUCCGUUCAGACACGGAAAUGGGAAAUUUUAUUGUCAUUUUGUCGUUUAAUUAUUCAUGAAUUAUAGAAGGAUCUUUGGUCGAAGAAAAAUGAAACCUCUGUCUAAAUGGAUAAUAUAAAUCUACUUUAAAACACAGACACACCACUAACUUAUUAAUUGAAAUUAGGCGUAAGCUUGGCGGUUAUCUAUUUAUUAAUGUAAAACUAUUCGUACGACAUAAGUAACGCGACACAGGGGGUUCGGGCGAAAUAAUGGGUUCCAUUUGUUGCGGAUACAGAUUUCCUUCGGUUUGCUAGGAAAAGGAGGUAUUUUCGAAAUGGUAAUUGUUUUUUUAUUAUGUUCAAAUCGAGCGAUUCUGCUGAUCGAUGUUUUCCAUUAUUUGGUCCGACCUCUGAAGUUGAAGAAAGGGGGGAAAGGGAAAAUGGACGCAAAGAAGUGAAAUGAAAGAGAGAGAGAGAGGCGAGAACACAAGAGAAACAAAUUACCGGCCAUACUAAGUUAGGAUUUUAUAUCGUGCGAAUUUAUGGAUGGAAAGAGAACACUUAAGGUACUUUGGUGAAUAAUAAUAAUAAUCGGAGCGAAUGGAUUUACCGUGCCGGGUAUCGAACUACUCGGUACACCGCUUUCUGUCUCCUAUUCUUUUUUCGUUUGUAAUCGAACGCGAACGUCGUAUAUAGUUGUACGGACAAAUUAAUAAUACUCGCUAUCCCUCACGUGUCUACGAUUUAUUUUUCGACUCGUUUUUCCGUGCCAUCGUCGCUCUGUGCCGAAGCGCGAUAUCCUCCUUGAAUUCUUCCAACGAUUCGACCCGAUCGAACGCAACGUACGCUGAAGAAAUUGUUCUGUAUUCAAAUUCUCUGAGAGCUAGGAAUUCUUCGUGCGAAAAUAAAUCGAAAAGUCCUUUGCCGUUUUUCAAUCCGUGGAUUCGCUUUCGAGAUAUGAGCGAUUAAAGAUUGGGAGCGUGACUUCCGGGGUGACUGGACGAAUCACGCGACCGCAGUGGCACCCCGGAAGUCGCGCGCUAGAUUUUUAAUCACUCGUAUCUCGAUAACGAAGCAACGGAUUAAAAAAUGGUAAAAGACUUUUCGAUUUGUUUUUUCAUAUAGAAUCUAUAGCUUUCAUGACGCGUCUUUUGCGAACACGUUUUGAAUUCGGUUUAUUCGAUGGAAGAAUAUACUCAACGAGAAUUCCUGUGCUUGUCGCCUCGUACGCAGAGGAUGUGCUUUCAUGAUGAACAAAAAAUGGCAAGUUUCGCAAAGAGGAGAAUACUGUAGAAACGAUACAAAAUUCCCGAAACAUCGUAUCCUUAAGGCAUUAUAAGCUAGGCAGAUAGAGAAGAUUUUUAUACAAUUUAUAAGGCGAUUUGCAAUCGAUUGAUUUAUCUCGCACGUUUACUUGUUGACCUUUUGUUAUAAUAUACAGCCUUGCUCAAGAAAUCCUAUUAAACGAAUUAAAAAGUUGCGCAAUUUCAACGACCUCGUAGUCAUCAGAUUCGACCAGAUUUCGUAGUCAAAAAGAACGUAUAGAAAAUGUUAAAAACUUCUGCUGGAUCUUUUGAGCGAGUGCUAACGAAGAGGCUGCAUCGAGGAUGCAUCAGCUACUGCAAGAUAUUCUCUCUCGUCGCUCGUCAACUUUCAAUUAACGUGCUUCUGACCCUGUAUUUACGUAUCUCUCUAUUGGAACGAUACAAUUGCACAACAAGAUGAUCACCGAAAAAAAAAACAAAAAAAAAACAAGAAAUUAAACAAUGCUCGAAGGUUGCUCACGUACGUUGACGAUCAACAAUUCCAUUCACGAACAAUGUUCGCUUUAAUGCGCAAAUCAGUGUCCCACUUGUGAGAAACGAGGCUAAUUGCGGCUGGAUAACAUCGUUUCGACACUCUAUGCAUCAAGUCAAAUCUCUGCCAACCUCUCGAGCUAGCCAAACCUCUCCAAUCAGUUGACGCCUUGUUCCCUAACAAUUACCUGCUUCGUCUUUCAAUUUCAUUUGUUAACGUGUUUUGUAAGCAAAAGCUAUAAUUGGAAACCAAUGGAGAGGGAACAUUGUCUUAAGAUAGAAGCGUUGUUUGCAACUGUAAGUCGGCGUACUUUUAGCAAAUUCGAUUUUUGCACAGCCGCAAACUGCAGCGUGACUAACAACGUCCGAUUAGUUAGUAAAAUUUAGUAAAAAUUGUAAAGUAAAAGCGCUUCUUUUCACGCUAUACUAUUCGUUGAGUUACCAUGAUUCUAUAGCUAAGCUUUUUAAUUAUAUUUCUUUUUCCAAUUCUUUGAACGUUAUUUUGCUAAAUAAAAAAAUGAAUCGAACUUAAUACGGAGUCUAAACUCAAUUAAUAUUCGAAUUCUGUUCGAUAUGCGAUCAGAACUCGAUAUUCGAUUAUUCGAUUAUUUGAAAGUAGGAGGACAUUUUUCUUUCGACCAGUAUCCUUAACGCCGAAUUAUCGAUAUUUGUACAGGAAUAUAUUGUUUUUACGAUUGUUUCAGCGAUCUUGCGAUACUCUAUCGAUACACGGAUAUCUCGACAAUGAAAAAAAACUUCGAAAUCGAAAUGUCGUACAUGAGGGAUCCACGAGUCGUGUCUCACGUGAACGAGCUUCGAUUCUGAGUAUCGAUUAUAUGUACUUCGUGUGAAGUCUUUCACUGCAAAAACUUCAAUCUCAAACUAAUCCAUGUAAAAAAA